UGCUGCCGGGAACCGGGGCGCACUCGCCCGGGGAAGGUCGGAGCGCAGGUGUGCUAGUUGGGCUCCAGCAAUGGAGAAACAUGGGCAUGUGUCUGUCCAUUCGGACAUCCUCUCCUUGGAAAACCGGUGCCUCGCCAUGCUUCCUGACCCGAAGACCAUGGACAAACUCGAUGGGCAUAUGUCUGUCCAUUCAGACAUCCUGUCCUUGGAGAACCGGUGCCUGGCCAUGCUUCCUGACUUGAAGUCCAUGGAAAAACCAUGUGGACAUGUGCCUUCCCACCCAGAUGUCCUCUCCUUGGAGAACCGGUGCCUGGCCACCCUCCCCAGUCUAAAGAACACUGUGUCUUCCAGCCCUUUGCUCCAGUGUCUCCAGAUAUCUCCCAUGAUGCAAGAUGAUUUGUGCAGCCUGAACACCAGCACUUGCCUGCUCUCUAAGCCUUCAGUUUGGAGGGCUCAGUGUCUAUCUAAGGAACUAGAUCUUCCGACCUGCCCCAUGGCUCUGAAAUCCAUCUCUGCCACAGAGAAUGUUCAGGAAGCAACUCUGGGCUGUUGGUCGUACUCAGAAGAAGAGAAAAAGCCAGAAGAGAAGGAAGGAGCAGAAGCCCAAAUGCCUCUUUAUAGUUUAAGCUUGCGAGAGGAGCAGGAGGUGGAGGAGCUGACCCUGAAGCUCACCUCUGGAGACUCUGAAUCUUGUCCUGAGCCCACUGACCAAGCCCUUCAGGAAAAGAAGAUGGUUCUAAUGAGCUUGCUGUGCUCUACUGUGGCCUCAGAUGUAAAUAUGGAAGAUGUGAGUGACCCCAUCCGGUCUUCCAUCCUUGCAGCCUGUAGUGAACUUGCACCCUUGGAGCCUGAGUUUAUACUUAAGGCAUCUUUGUACACCAGGCAACAGCUUAACCUGCGAGAUGUGGCCAAUAAAGUCUUGGCCAUUGCUGCCUUCUUGCCAGCCUGCCGCCCCCACCUGCGACGAUAUUUCUGUGCCAUUGUCCAGCUGCCUUCUGAUUGGAUCCAGGUAGCCAGGUUCUACCAGAGCCUGGCUGAAAGAGAUGAGAAGAAGCUGGUGCCCCUGCCUGCCUGCCUCCGUGCUGCUAUGACUGACAAAUUUGCCCAGUUUGAUGAGUACCAGCUGGCUAAGUACAAUCCUCGGAAGCACCGGGCCAAGAGCCGUCCCCGCCGCCCACCCCGCCUUCCAAAGACGAAGCAUCCAUUUUCUAUGAAAUAUUUUCCAAGAUGCUUUAUUUCUCUUAAAGACACACAGAUGAAGUUUGAGGCAUCCUACAAUGACGUGCCAAAGAAAAAGCAUCAGCCAAUGUUCACUCUGAAGAAAUUGGUACAGCGACUGCAUAUCCGGGAGCCUGCUCAGCACGUCCAAGCACUCCUGGGCUAUAAAUACCCCUCCAACCUACAGCUCUUUUCUCGAAGUCGCCUCCCUGGGCCAUGGGAUCCUAGCAAAGCUGGGAAGCGGAUGAAGCUCUCUAGGCCAGAGACCUGGGAGCGGGAGCUGAGCCUGCGGGGAAACAAAGCUGCUGUCUGGGAAGAACUCAUCGACAAUGAGAAGCUCCCCUUUAUGGCAAUGCUUCGGAACCUGUGCAACCUGCUGAGGGUUGGAAUCAGCACCCACCACCACGAGCUUGUUCUCCAGAGACUCCAGCAUGCGAAGUCGGUGAUCCACAGUCGGCAGUUUCCAUUCAGAUUCCUUAAUGCACAUGAUUCCAUCAAUUACCUUGAGGUUCAACUCAGAAAUAAAGCAUUGCCCUUUCCUUCCAAUACAAAACUGAUGAGGUCGAUAAUGAUCAGAAACUCAAGAAAUGGCAGGAGUUGUGCCCUCAACAGCAGUCGUCAUGAGCUUCGGGCAGCAAUGAUGGUACCUGUGUUGUAUGAGCAGCUCAAGCGGGAGAAGCUGAAAAUACACAAGGUCAGACAGUGGCAGUAUGAUGGUGAGAUGCUGGACCGGUAUCGACAGGCCCUGGAGACAGCUGUGAACCUCUCUGUGAAGCACAGCCUGCCCCCACUGCCGGGCCGCACCCUCUUGGCCUAUCUGACAGAUACAAAUGCAGACAAGCUCUGUCCCAAGAGCAACUCACAAGGGCCCCCGCUGAACUAUGUGCUGCUGUUGAUUGGAAUGAUGAUCGCUCGGGCGGAGCAGGCUGAUAUCUUGCUGUGCGGAAGAGGCACUCUGAAGACUGCAGUGCUUAAGGCAGAAGAAGGUAUCCUAAAGACGGCCAUCGAGCUCCAGGCUCAAGUCCAGGAGUUGGAAGAAAAGCAUGAAUGUCCCGUGCAUACUUUUGGGAAAUACCUGCUGUCUCUGGCUGCUCAAAGAGUCCCUGUGGACAGGGUCAUCCUCUUUGGCCAAACGAUGGAUAAGGUAAUGAUAAAUGUAGCCAAACAGAUUUUCUGGCAGCAUGUGAAUUCCAAGUGCCUCUUUGUUGGUGUGUUCCUAAAAAGGACAGGAUACAGAUCACCAGAUAGGAAUCCCAAUGAUGUGACACUCUCAGGCUGUACUGAUGGGAUACUCAAGUUCAUCGCAGAGCGUGGGGCCUCCCGUCUUCUGGAACAUGUGGGCCAAAUGGACAAAAUAUUCAAGAUUCCACCUCCCCCAGGAAAGGCAGGGGCCCUGUCUCUCCGGCCACUGGAAGAAGAUGCUGUAACGCCCUUGGCUCCCAUUUCCCAGCAUGGAUGGCGCAGCAUCCGGCUUUUUAUUUCAUCCACUUUCCGAGACAUGCACGGGGAGCGGGACUUGCUGCUGAGGUCCGUGCUGCCUGCACUACAGGCCCAAGCGGCACCCCACCGCAUCAGCCUUCUCGGCAUUGACCUGCGCUGGGGCAUCACUGAGGAGGAGACCCGCAGGAACAGACAACUGGAAGUGUGUCUUGGGGAAGUGGAGAACUCGCAGCUGUUUGUGGGGAUUCUGGGCUCCCGUUAUGGCUACAUUCCCCCCAACUACAGCCUCCCUGACCAUCCUCACUUCCGCUGGGCCCAGCAGUACCCUUUAGGGCGCUCUGUGACAGAGAUGGAGGUGAUGCAGUUCCUGAAUCGGGGCCUCCGCCUGCAGCCCUCUGCCCAGACUCUCAUCUACUUCCGGGAUUCUAGUUUUCUCAGCUCUGUGCCAGAUGCCUGGAAAUCUGACUUUAUUUCUGAGUCUGAAGAGGCUGCACAUCGGAUCUCAGAACUGAAGAGUUACUUGAGCAGACAGAAAAGGAUUACCUGUCGCAGAUACUCCUGUGAGUGGGGGGGUGUCACAGCUGGCCGGCCCUAUGUCGGGGGGCUGAAGGAGUUUGGGCAGUUGGUUCUGCAGGAUGUGUGGAAUAUGAUCCAGAAGCUUUACCUACAGCCUGGGGCCCAGCUGGAGCAGCCAGUGUCCAUCCCAGAUGAUGACUUGGUCCAGGCCACGUUUCAGCAACUGCGGAACCCACCGAGUCCUGCCCGACCGCACCUUCUUCAGGACACAGUGCAGCAGCUAAUUCUGCACCGUGGGAGGCUGAGCCUGGUGACUGGGCAGUCGGGACAGGGCAAGACUGCCUUCCUGGCAUCCCUUGUGUCAGCCCUGCAGGCUUCUUCUGAUGGGGCCAAGGUGGCCCCCUUAGUCUUCUUCCACUUUUCAGGGGCCCGUCCAGACCAGGGCCUUGCCCUCACCCUGCUCAGACGCCUGUGUACCUAUCUGCAUAGCCAAGUGCAAGAGCUGAGCACCCUCCCCAAUACCUACCGAGGCCUGGUGUGGGAGCUGCAGAGGCUGCUGCCCAAGUCUGCUCAGGCCCUGCAACCUGGCCAGGCUCUGGUCCUGAUCAUUGAUGGGGCCGACAGGUUGGUGGAUCAGAAUGGGCAGCUGAUCUCUGACUGGAUCCCAAAGACCCUUCCCCGGAAAGUACAUCUGGUACUGAGCAUGUCUAAUGACUCAGGCCUGGGGGAGACCCUUGAGCAGAGCCAAGGUGCCCACGUGGUGGCCCUGGGGACUCUGGAGCCAUCUGCCCGGGCCCAGCUAGUGAGAGAGGAGCUGGCUCUGUACGGGAAGCGGCUGGAGGAGUCGCCUUUUAACAACCAGAUGCAGCUGCUGCUGGUGAAGCGGGGCUCAGGUCUGCCGCUCUACCUGCGCUUGGUCACCGAUCACCUGCGGCUCUUCACGCUUUAUGAGCAGGUGUCUGAGCGGCUCAGGACCCUGCCUGCCACUGUCCCCCUGCUGCUGCAGCACAUCUUGAGCACCCUGGAGCAGGAGCACGGCUCCGAUGUCCUUCCUCAAGCCUUGGCCUCCCUUAAGGCCACACGUAGUGGUCUGACUGUGGACCAGCUGCAUGGAGUGCUGAGUGCGUGGCGUAUACUGCCCACGGGGACUAAGAGCUGGGACGAAGCAGUGGCUGCUGGUAGCAGUGGAGACCCCUACCCCAUGGGCCCAUUUGCCUACCUAGUCCAGAGUCUGCGCAGUUUGUUAGGGGAAGGCCCCCUGGAGCGCCCUGGUGCCCGGCUGUGCCUCCCUGAUGGGCCUCUGAGAACAGCAGCUACACGUCGCUAUGGGAAGAGGCUGGGGCUGGAGGAAAUGGCACACACCCUCAUUGCAGCUCAGCUCUGGAAGAUGUGUGACCCUGAUGCCCCAGGCACUUUCCAAAGCUGCCCUCCUGAGGCUCUGGGAGACCUGCCUUACCACUUGCUCCACAGUGGGAACCGUGGCCUUCUUUCAAAGUUCCUCACCAGUCUCCACGUGGUGGCUGCACACCUGAAAUUGGGUCUGGUCUCUCGGCUCUUGGAGGCCCAUGCCCUCUAUGCUUCUUCAGUCCCUGAACAGGAACAAAAGCUCCCUGAGGCUGACGUUGCUGUAUUUCUCACCUUCCUUAAGCAGCAGGCUCCAAUCCUCAGCCAGUACCCCCUACUCCUGCCCCAGCAGGCAGCCAACCAGCCUCUAGACUCACCUGUUUGCCACCAGGUCCCCCUGCUCUCCCAGCAAUGGCACCUCCGGCGCAUGCUGCGAUGGCUUAAUAAGCCCCAGACCAUGAGGGAUCAGCAAACCUCCAGCCUGACUCUGGCAGUUUCCUCAUCCCCCACCGCUGUGGCCCUGUCCCCCAAUGGGCAAAGAGCAGCUGUGGGAACUGCCAGUGGGACAGUUUACCUGUUGGACCUGAGAACCUGGCAGGAGGAGAAGUCUGUGGUGAGUGGCUGUGAUGGAAUCUCCUCCUGUUCAUUCCUCUCUGACAGAGCCCUCUUUCUCACUGCCUUCAACGGGCUCCUGGAGCUCUGGGACCUGCAGCAUGGUUGUCGGGUGUUCCAGACCAAGGCCCACCAGUACCAAGUCACUGGCAGCUGCCUGAGCCCAGACCGCCGGCUGCUGGCUACCGUGUGCCUGGGGGGAUGCCUAAAGCUGUGGGACACAGUCCAUGGGCAGCUGGCCUUCCAGCACACCUGUACCAAGCCCCUGAACUGCACUGCCUUCCAUCCAGAGGGGCAGGUAAUAGCCACAGGCAGCUGGUCUGGCAGGUUCAGCUUCUUCCAUGUGGACGGGCUCAAAGUCACCAAGGAACUGGGGGCCCCAGGAGCCUCUGUCCGUACCUUGGCCUUCAAUGUGCCUGGGCGGGUUGUAGCUGUUGGCCGGUUGGACGGCACGAUGGAGCUGUGGGCCUGGCAAGAGGGGGCACAGCUGGCUGCCUUCCCUGCCCACUGUGGCUUUGUUGCUGCUGCGCUUUUCCUGCAGGCUGGGUGCCAGUUACUGACGGCUGGAGAGGAUGGCAAGGUCCAGGUGUGGUCAGGGUCUCUGGGUCGGCCCCGUGGGUGCCUGGGUUCCCUCUCUCUCUCUCCUGCCCUUUCCGUGGCUCUCAGCCCAGAUGGUGACCAGGUGGCUGUUGGGUACCGAGCAGAUGGCAUUAGGAUCUACAACAUCUCUUCAGAUUCCCCGGGGACUCAGUGUCAAGCACUAGAUGUGGCAGUGUCUGCACUGGCCUGGCUAAGCUCGGAGGUGUUGGUGUGUGGUGCAGAAGAUGGGUCCCUGCAGGGCUGGGUGCUCAAGGAAAGCUCCCUUCAGUCCCUCUGGCUCCUGUCCAGAUAUCGGAAGCCUGUGCUGGCACUGGCCACCUCCCAGGAGCUCUUGGCUUCUGCCUCAGAGGAUUUCACGGUGCAGCUGUGGCCAAGGCAGUUGCUGACACUGCCUCACAGGGCAGAAGACUUUCCCUGUGGCACUGAGCUCCGGGGACAUGAGGGCCCAGUGAGCUGCUGUAGCUUCAGUGCUGAUGGAAGCAGCCUUGCCACUGGGGGCAGGGAUCGGAGCCUACUCUGCUGGGACGUGAGGACACACAAAGCCCCUGUUAUGAUCUGCUCCUUCCCUGCCUGUCACCGUGAUUGGGUCACUGGUUGUGCCUGGACCAAAGACAACCUACUGAUCUCCUGCUCCAGUGAUGGCUCUGUGGGGCUCUGGGACCCACAGUCAGGACAGCAGCUUGGUCAGUUCCUGGGUCAUCAGAGUGCUGUGAGCGCCGUGGUGGCUGUGGAGGAGCAUGUGGUGUCUGUGAGCCGGGAUGGGACCUUGAAAGUGUGGGACCAUCAGGGCGUGGAGCUGACCAGCAUCUGUGCUCACUCGGGACCCAUCAGCCACUGUGCAGCUGCCCUGGAGCCCCGCGCAGCUGGACAGCCUGGGUCAGAGCUUCUGGUGGCAACUGUUGGACUGGAUGGGGCCAUAAGGUUGUGGCAUCCCCUUUUGGUGUACCAAACACACAGCCUCCUGGGACACAGUGGCCCAGUCAAUGCAGCUGCUGUUUCGGAAACCUCAGGCCUCCUACUGACUACCUCAGAGGAUGGUACCAUACGGCUCUGGCAGGUACCUAAGGAAGCAGAUGACACAUACAUACCCAGGAGUUCCUCAGCCAUCACUGCUAUGGCCUGGGCACCAGAUGGUUCCAUGGCAGUGUCUGGAAAUCAAGCUGGGGAACUAAUCUUGUGGCAGGAAGCUAAGACUGUGGCCACAGCACAGGCUCCAGGCCAUAUUGGUGCUCUGAUCUGGUACUCGGCACACACCUUCUUUGCUCUCAGUGCUGAUGAAAAAAUCAGCGAGUGGCAAGUGGAACUGCAGAAGGGUUCGACACUCGGAAAUUUCAGUCUUCACCUGAACCGAAUUCUGCAGGAAGACUUAGGGAUGCUGACAGGUCUAGGCCUGGCCCCUGAUGGUCAUUCCCUCAUCCUGGCCAAAGCGGAUAUGAAAUUACUGCACAUGAAGCCAGGGGAUGAUCCCUCUAUAAUUUGGAACACCUAUGCAAAUCAUCCUAUGAUGCUGUACACCCACAAGGAAUAUGGUGUGUUUUUCCUGCAGCCCACCGAACAUGGAGUUCUUUUGACGCAAAAGGAAUCAGGAAAGUUUGAAGUGAGUCUGGAAUUUAAUCUGAAUUUAGAGAAUCCUACUAGGACCCUACUAUCCAUAACUCAGGCCAAACCUGAAUCUGAGUCCUCAUUUUUGUGUGCCAGCUCUGAUGGGAUGCUGUGGAACCUGGCCAAAUGCACCCCUGAAGGAGAAUGGGCCACAGGUAACAUAUGGCAAAAAGAAGUAAAAAUGCCCAAAACCCAAACUGAAGGGACAGACCCAUCUCUGUGCCAGGAAUCUCUGUGCCAGGAAUUAGAUACCAGCAUAAUUAGCUGUUCACCAGCCAUACGUCUAACAACGCGGCAGCGUAGAAAGAUUCACUCGGGUUCUGUCACAGCCCUCCAUGUGCUGCCUGAAUUGCUGGUGACAGCUUCAAAGGACAGAGAUGUUAAGCUGUGGGAGAGACCCAGUAUGCAACUGCUGGGCCUGUUCCGAUGCGAAGGGGCAGUGAGCUGCCUGGAUCCUUGGCUGGGUCCUAAUUCUACCCUACAGCUUGCCGUGGGAGACACACAGGGCAAUGUAUACUUUCUGUCCUGGGAAUGAAGAUGCCCUACUCAGGGGAAAGGUGAUACCAUUUGUGCUGGAGAUGCAAAGCCUGAAGAUACUUUGCU